GGGAACGAUCGUGGUGGAGAUUAAAAACUCGAGGAAGGAAGGACCUCGGUCUACAUUCUUGGCUGAGGUUCACUGCUCAGGUUGCGGCGGCCCCAUGAGAUGACUUUUCCAACAUCAGAUUGAUGGCGCGGUAGUGAAGACAAGGGUGCAGCUCCUGGUACACCAGGGGCUGUAUACGCGGCAUGGGCAACUAUGUUGAGCGGCGAAAGCCUCAGCGAUUGUCGAGUCACACGAGCUACCUCCGCCAAGUCUGCCGUGACCAUCAUGAAAGCCUGGGGAUUUGAUGCCAUCGAUGUCGAAUACCCUACCAACGAUACAGAGGCUACCAACCUGGUUCUCCUUCUGAAGGCCGUUCGAGAUGAGUUGGACUCAUACGCAGCCCAGCACACCUCUGAUUAUCACUUUCAUCCAGGGUGUUGCACAUCAUUAGCGGCGAAAGGAAAGAAAAGACACAACCAAUACCGUUUUCUAGGAUUCAAGCCCCAGACGCAUUGCCGCUUCGUUCAUGCGAAGAUCCACAUCCGGACAGCAGCCCUUCUUGAAUUAGACGUCUACCCUCGACUAGGGGAGAUUUGUGAGAUGACUCGGGCUGAGUGAAGCUACUCCCCCUAAGCUUGCCACAGUCAGCCUGUUCUUGUGGCUGAAUGCUACCCAUCCUGGGCAUCAAUCUUUCGCCUAGUCAGGGGCUUGCCGCCUGGAUACGAGCUCUUUGUCGCAUGCCAAUAGUGCCGAGGAGGGAGGGGAAGAAGGGGCCUUGUAUACAUUU